GUCAUCGAGUCCGCCUGUCUAGUCGAUCGCGCACUCCCCGCGACGCUCGGUUCGCUCCGCCAGAGGAUCUCACGUAUCCGCGAGGGAUCGCCAUUUUAUGUGUUUGGCGCUGUCACGGGACGGGUGACACGGGUGCGUGCGUGCGUGCGUGCUGCGUGCGGUGCAGUGCGGUGCGGUGCGGUGCGGUGCGGUGGCUUGCGGUCCAAGGGAGCCCCGAAUCAAGAGUCCCCGACGAGUGCUCUCUCUCUCUCUCGCCUCCGCGGUUCGGCGGUGCCCGAGAAGACACGGUUCCGUGCGGUUCGGUCGCGCGAGUCUCUCAAUCAUGUUGGCCGAACAACGGCCCGGCCCGGACGCGUACAAGUAACGGCGGCGGCGGCCAUCGGCCAUCGGCAUCGACGAGGAGCGAGAAGAAGAAUCGGCUCGAUUCCGCGAGCGGGGUGUCGGUCGCGGUGCGAGGCCACGACGCGGCCCAUCGUGAUGAUGGUGUAGUGAAGCGCGCGCGCGAGGCGGGCCCCUGCGUGAAGGAAGAGAGAGAAAAGAGUGUGUCGUCGUCGUUUUUAAUCGAGAGUCGUAAAAGUGCGAAUACUCGUCUCUCCCGCCUUUCUUCGAUCGUCGUUCAACGUUGAUCGUCCCGACGAGCACCGUGCCAUCGUCGUCGUCGGCGGACGUCGCGGGACGCCGAUUACCCUGGAUUACUCGCGACACGACGCCUCCUGGCCCUCAGUUACGAUGACUACGGUGCGCACCAUACCCUCGGACAAGAUAAAUUUACGCCUCAUCCUCGUCAGUGGCAAGACAAAAGAGUUCCUAUUCAGUCCGAGCGAUUCUGCGGGCGAUAUAGCGCACCAUGUGUUUGAAAAUUGGCCGGAUGACUGGGCAGAGGAGGCGGUCGCUAAGGCGGAGAUCCUGCGGCUAAUCUACCAGGGUCGUUUCCUGCACAGCAAUGUCACGCUCGGUGCUCUUGGGCUUCCCUUCGGAAAAACCACGGUGAUGCAUCUGGUGCCGCGGGAGAAUCUUCCGGAGCCUAAUUCUCAAGAUCAGAGACAAAAAAGUAAAGGCGGCGGAAGUAGUUGCUGCUCGGCUUCCUGCUGUAUACUCUAGAUCGCCCCCGGUGGUCGUCGCCGACGUCGCUGGUGCGGAUUCCGCGCGGAUGGGCGCGCGACAUGGGCGAGCGCGGGCUCACCCGAGCGCUGAGCCAUGGUUUCUAAGAUUUCAUGCUGAUGUAUAAUCGUUAGUGGCUGAGCUCGUGAGCAGUGUAGCACAAGAGGAGAGAGAGAGAGAGAAGAAAGAAAAGAGAUUAUAAUCGCCCCGGUGCUCGUUGAACGAGGCGAUAUGAGGAGCAAGCGAUGCGGGUAGCAACGGUGCCGCUCCCUGGCGCGGAUGCGGCACGACGUAGUCGUCGUCAUCAUCGUCAUCGUCUUCGUCGUUGCGCCACGAUCGGGGAUUUCGGUUCGUUUAGUAAGCGAUAAUGCGUGCUCGAUCGAUGCGCGCUCGCGAGGAAAAAAGCCUCCGCUCGGAAAAGGAGGAGAAGACGAAGAAGGGCGGAUGUUGCUACCCUGCAGAGGGUAGAGCGGUUGCGAGCGAACGGAUCGUUGCUGGCACGACGGUUAAGAGUUUGCCGUGAAGAAGGGUCUCCGGCCGAGUUGCGCCGACAGCGGUGGUUUACUAACUUCGGCUAACGACGUCACGCACGAUCGGACGUGUUAUGGCCCUUUGUUGUGAUAUACGGACAGACCUGAAAAGGAUUUGAUUAACGAUAAUCGAUUUCGUUUAAUGGCUUAAAUUAAGUUUCUAUCAACUUCUUUCCAUCUCUUUUCUUCUCCUUUUUUCGCCUCCAGUCUACCUUACGAUGAUUGUCAUGUCGAAAGAAAGAGAGAAGAUACAUAUAUAAUAGUGAAAUCUCGUAAAGUUAGCUAAUUCACUUAAUUAAAUUUUGAUUAACUAGAGAGUUAACUAAAAAUAAAUUUAAUUUAACCGCGCUGGUUAACUAAUUUUGCAUGAAGGUUUCUUCACGCAUUGCAUUGCUAAUUUACAUUGUUGUAAUGUAGAUGAAAUAACCAUAAAUGUAGUUAGCAAUCUUGAUUAAAUUUCGGUUAGGGAUUAUCCCAUUAUCCUUUCCUAUAUAGAUUAUAGCAGUAGCUGUAAUAUCGAGGAAACAGAGAAAAUAAUCGUAAAUUUAGUUAACAGUCUUGACUAAAGUUGCUUGGUCAACGAAUAUCGAUUCUUUUUCCUAGAUUAUCAUUAUAGUUAUAAUCGCAAAAAAGAGAGACAGAGAGAAAGAAAAGGUUUUAUUAAUCGUAAGCUUUUAAUUAGCGCACUUUCUUCCUCCCUCUCUCUUUUUCAUACACACAUACAAUUAAUUUAAGUUUCGAUUGUACGUUCUCGACCUAAAUUUAAAUUAAUUUAAUUAAUUUUAUCCUUCAAUUAUAUUUUCAGAAGCAAAAUUAGAUUCUAGGAUAAAAAAAAAAUGAAAAGCCAUCACUUGAACAUUUUACAAAUAUCAUUCGAGUUAAUCAUAUACCUUAACACCACUCGGUGUCGGUACAACCGGCCUCGAAGAUCAAAAAAGGGAACGCGAGAGAAAAGGCGAACAAUCGCGCACAUUUGCCGCGGAUACUCGUAAUAUCGUUUUUGUUCGCCCAGGUAUAAGGAACUCGUGCGCGCACGAUAAGACGGGGAAUUUCCAGGGGGAGAGAUCGAGUUGCAAAAAGGGCUACGGACAGUUCUCGAAGGAUACGUCCGAGACGCACCCUGGAAACGGCGCUACAAUGCUUAGAAACUCAACCACUAUCACAGUACUCUGCAGCGUUAUAAUAUAUAAUAUAAUUACGUAGAGACGGGAUUGUGUGUGCGUGCUUGCGUAAAUAUGAGUGUAUCGCGUUCAAAUGAGGGAGAAAGCGAGGGAGCGAGUGAAUGCGAGAGCGAGAGAGAAUAAAAUUUAUGUUGUGAUAUGCAGGUAUCGAAUA